UAUAAGAUCUGAGUUCACUGCAAAGUAGACAGCUCAAGCUGGCUUGCACACUUCUUGGUGCCUGGUGCCAUAUGCUCAAUAUCUGCAGACAUUGCAGAGCAAUUACAACUGAUAUUCAGGUACAAAGCUGACAGUGGCCCAAUCGGUGGUCCUGCUUGACCCUCUAAGACUUUCCUCUUUCCCGGCACUGACUAUUACAUCUCCUCCCUGCCAUGGGGCGCUACACUGGGAAGACCUGCCGGCUGAUCUUCAUGCUGGUCAUCACAGUAAUUUUCUUUGUGGCAGAGUUGGUGUCUGGCUACUUGGGAAACUCCAUCGCCCUCAUUUCAGACUCAUUCAAUAUGCUGUCUGACCUCAUCUCACUGUGCGUGGGCAUCACUGCCAGCCGCUUUUCCCGCCGCACAGACUGGGGGCCUCGGGUCUCCUAUGGCUAUGCCCGAGCGGAGGUGGUGGGUGCCCUGUGCAACGCUGUCUUCUUGACUGCUCUUUGCUUUACCAUCCUGGUGGACUCGGUGCUGCGGAUAGCCAAGCCAGAGAAGAUUGAUGACGCAGAGCUGGUGCUGAUCGUGGGUGCCUUGGGUCUGGGGGUGAACAUUGUGGGUCUGCUGGUCUUCCAGGACUAUGGAGCAUGCAUGCGAGCCAUCCGGCGGUGCAUAAAAACACAGGAUCCAGAAGAACCAGAGAGAUCAUCCGGUGACCAGCUGAAUGUUACUCCCUAUAGGGCAGACUUCCGGGGAGCAGAGAGUGAAGAUCACGGCCGAGCAGGUGACUCUCUAGAAGACCAAGAUUCCGACCCCGAGGAUGAAAAGUCCAAGAGUGACAAUAAGAACGCGGCAGCCCUCAACAUCAGAGGUGUCAUGCUUCACGUUAUGGGAGAUGCGCUGGGAUCAGUGGUUGUUGUGGUGGCAGCAAUCAUAUUUUAUGUCAAACCGUUGCGCCGUGACGAGCCUUGCAACUGGCAGUGUUACAUUGAUCCCGGCCUCACCGUAGUCAUGGUGGCGAUCAUAUUAUUCUCUGCUUUCCCCCUCAUCAAAGAAACAGGCACCAUCUUACUCCAAAUGGUCCCCGAGGAUGUUAACGUUGGUGAAAUUGGUCAUAAAUUAUCCUCAAUCCCUGGGGUGAAAAGUAUCCACGAAAUCCACAUAUGGGAACUGGCAAGUGGGAAGAACAUUGCAACACUUCACGUUAAGUUCCAGAGCCUUGAGGACUACCUGGCAUCCAAUCGCAAGAUCCGAAAGGUGUUUCAUUCAGAAGGGGUCCAUGCCGUCACUCUUCAGGCCGAGUUUACCGAAGAGAAAGACUUCUCCUUAGCUUGCAGCAACCCCUGUAUCUCCAGUAAAUGUGACGCCUACCUCUGCUGCAGCCAGGAGCUCGUCCCUUACGCCGAGACCAACGGCCAAGCUCUGAAAAAAGGCAAAUCAUCUCAAGUAUGGUACCGAAGUAAUGACUUAAACACUGAUGCUGACACGACGGUUGACUCUUUGUGUGUAGAGCCUCCGGAAGUAAAGGUUGCAGGGAGUGCUAGCAGCCCAGAAAAUGAGGCUCUAAAUGCAAAGUCUACUCAUUUUUAAAAAAUUUAAGAUGGACCAUUGUGACAAAUCUUGAACAUUUUCUGAGGAACAAAUGACUUUAUAUAAUGUGUGAUGAUGUUUUGGUUUGUUUGACUACAAAUCCUUUGCCCUAUAAUAGCCAUGCCUGUCAAGGUUGUAAACGGGUAGUGUAUACCUCAGCUAGGAGAUGCACACAUGAACAACAAAAGUCAUUUAGCGCACAAUCAAACGAUCAAUAGCACACUGAAUUACAUUGCUGUUAAUCACUUUGUGAAUAUGGGGCUCUAUGACCCACUUUGUGAUGCACAAAAUGGAAUCUGGUUGCCCAUUAAUCUAUCAAUCUACUGCUGCUUUCUAGUGUAUUAUGAGACUCUGUGGAAGUUAUGGUUCUUUAAUUGAUCUUAUGUUUGUCUGAUUAUGUCAUAGCUCUAAACCAUGACCUCUUGUUUUUGGUGUAUGCCUUGAAAAAU